AUGGCCGCCCACCUGCCCUCAACAGCCGGUGCGGGGCCUUCCCCUCCACAGAGCGUCGAGUCAAUCACUCGCUUGGCUCAGGAUUAUGAGUACAAUCCCUCCAUUCCUUUACGAUAUUGGCUGCGAACAGCCUCGACACUCAUUAGAGAGGCUCGUAUCUACGAACGAGAACAACAUGAGGAACAGGCCUAUCUUUUGCUAUUUCGACAUGCUCAGCUCGUUCUAGUCAAUCUAGCCGAGCAUCCGGAGGCCAAGGAUGAGAGGAACCGCAAAGCUCUAGUGGAGGCCGAGAAGGAGGUGAAACGAAACUUGAAAGUCCUGGAGACCCUGAAACCCCGCAUCAACAAACGCUACGAACGCUACACUCAAUUGAUGCGCGAGCGGCAACACCGCGCUUCCGCCACAGCCGUCCCUGUAGCUCCGCAUUCUCAGCGGCAACUGCCUCAAGACCCCGCACUGGCGGGGGUUGCCAAACCUUUAGAGGCUGGAGAGAAUCGCGAUCUGGCCGUGAAGCUGGCCCGCACGGAGAUCAGUCGCAGAGCCACGGUUCGCAAGGCCAUCCGACAAGCUGGAAUCUCCCCGGAAGAGGAGCAGACUCGUCGUGCAGCCGGGGUGUGGGGAGACUGGGAACAUACUCUGCGCAAGGAUGCCGAUGAUGACUUGAGCCAGCGCAUUCACAAUGUGCGUUUGAGGAUUGACGGCGGUCCGCAAGCGGCUGUUCGUGCACCGGGUAACUCAAAACACACAACUCCAUCCCAUCCGGCUGUGCCCGAGACCAGCGCAACUUACAAGUAUCCGAGUGUUCCUCGCCAGAGGCCCGUGGACGUCGCCUCAACUUCGGCUCAGAAAGAGCUGCAUGGCGUCAGUGCCCCUGCUCCAGUAGCCCCUGCAUUGCCACCUAAAGAACGAACACAGGAUCUCGGACGGGAUGAACGAUUGGUUCGUCCACCUCGUCCCGACAAGCUCUCUCCAACCUCCACGCCAGCUCCGGUGCCGGCGAUUCCUGCCAAGGUACGAGCAAAGUCCGAGAGCGAGACGCGCACCGACCUAGAUCCUUCCAGCUUCACUUUCAAGCCAUCUGCCUACCUGGAGAAUGGAACACCACUACGGACUCUGUUCCUCCCGCCCGAGCUACGGACACACUUCCUGUCUCUGGCCGCACCGAACACACAACGCAAUCUGGAGACAUGUGGGAUACUAUGUGGCACAUUGAUUUCGAAUGCGCUGUUUGUGUCGCGACUCCUCAUUCCGGAACAGACCGCCACGUCGGAUACGUGCGAGACCGUGAACGAGACAGCCAUCUUCGACUACUGUGACUCGGAGGACUUGAUGGUGCUGGGCUGGAUUCAUACACACCCCACGCAAACAUGUUUCAUGAGCUCACGCGAUCUGCACACGCAUUGUGGAUAUCAGGUGAUGCUCCCGGAGAGCAUAGCGAUCGUGUGCGCGCCAAGUAAGAUGCCCGACUGGGGCGUAUUCCGGCUGACCGACCCCCCGGGGUUGAAGACGGUGCUUAAUUGCACGCAGCCAGGCUUGUUCCAUCCGCAUGGGGAGACAAAUAUCUACACCGACGCUCUUCGCCCGGGCCAUGUGUUUGAGGCCAGAGGCUUGGAGUUUGAGACUGUCGACCUACGCCCCAAUGGGUCCAACUUUUGA